CAGAUUGAGAACAUAUGCAUUUGAUAACUCGAAAUUUUGUAUUUAACCUUACAAAUUAAAUCAAAGUGCAAAACACGUGUGAGUGUGAUAUAAGUUAUAGAAAACGAAUUUUCAUGAAAAUGUGAAAAAUUUCAUAAAUAUAUACAAAAUGGAUAAAUUCGUAAUAAAAACUCCAAAAAAUGAAAAUUCUGAAGGGACAAAUAAUGAAGCAGCGGCAAAACUUGCCCAAACCACAACAUUACGAAAAAUGACAUUCGAUUCAGAUUCAGAUGAAGAAAAAAUUAUCUCUCAAGUGUUAAAAAAACCUAAACCUUUUUAUCAUAAAGUGGAUUCAAAUGAAACUCCUCAAAGACGAAAAUCAAUUAGUUUGUCGUUAAAGAAAAGUUCUCCGAAAAACAAUACCGAAAUAUUAUCACAAAUUGAUGACUAUAUACCGUUAGCGCAAAGUACUAUGAUCGAUGUAUCCCAAAAAGUUAAUGAUUCUAAAGUUUCUUCCUCACAAAUUUUGGGUAAAAUAUCAGAUGAAGAACUUUCUGAUUCAAAUUUCAAAUCGAAAUCAUGUGAUCUGUUAGCUCAAUCAGAAAAGUUAUUCAAUACAGACGAUGAAUUAGAAUUUUCGAAUAAUGUUAGAAAACAAGUAAAAAAUUUGAAUACGUCGAUCGAAGAAGGUGAAAAUGAUUUGAAAAAGAUCAAUGAAUUUAUUAAAGAAGAUAAAAAAUUAUUUUCGAGUAAUGUAGCAAAUAAUUCGAUGUUAGAUGAUAAUAGUCCCAUUAGUUCUACGUAUGUUAUUCAGAAUAGCGAUUCUAAUAGUCCUCGUAAAAAUGUUCAAACUACUUCUAGUUCACAAAAAGGCAAAGACUCUGCUAGCCAAGAACAUAAAAAUUCUGAUAAAAUCUCUGGUUCUGAUAGCGACGAUGAAAUAAAAUCAACUCCACAAAAAAGUAUUUUAAAAUGUUCGAAAGGAAAUCCAAGUCCUAUUAAAAAAGCACAAAUCUCAGAUAGUGAUUCUGACAGUAGCGAAGAAAGAACUCCAAGUUCGCGAAAAAGUGUUUUAAUAUCUUCGAAAAAUCCAAGUUCUAACAGAAAAGCACAAAUAUCAGAUAGCGAACCCGAUAGUAGCGAAGAAAUAAAACCAACUCAACAACAAAAUGUUUUAAAAUCUUCGCAAGGAAAUCCAAGUCCCAAGAAAAAAGCUCAAUUCUCAGAAAGUGAUUCCGAUAGUGAAAGAGAAAUUCAACCGACUCAAAGUGUUUUAAAAAAUUCUCAACGUAAUCAACGCCCUAAGAACAAAGCCCAAAUCUCAGAGAGUGAUUCCGAUAGUGGUGAAGAGAUUAAACCAACUCCGCAAAAAAGUAUUUUAAAAUCUACACCAGGAAAUUCAAAUUCUAAGAAAAAAACUGAUAAAUCAGAUAGCGAUUCCGAUAGCGAAGAAGAAAUUAAACCAACUCCGCAAAAGAGUUUUUUUAAAUCUUCGCAAGAAAAUUCAAAUCCUAAGAAAAAAACUGAUGAUAUAUCAGAUAGCGGUUCAGAAAGUGAUGAAGAAACAAAACCAAGUCAACAAAAAACUGUAAAACCUUCGGCAGGUAAUCUAAGUCCUAAGAAAAAAGCCCAAAUCUCAGACAGUGAUUCGGAUAGUGGAGAAAAAAGAAAACCAAGUCCGCAAAAAAGCAUUUUAAAUUCCUCGCAAGAAAAUAUAAGUCCAAAGAAAAAGGCUCAAAUUUUAGGCAGCGAAUCCGAUAGUGAAGAAGAAAUGAAACCAAGUCCACCAAAAAACGUUUUAAAAUCUUCGAAAAGAAAUCCAAGUCCUAAGGGAAAAGCUCAAAUAUCACAUAGCGAUUCUGACAGCGAAGAAAAAACAAAACCAAAUCCGCAAACAAGUAUUUUAAAAUCUUCCAAAAGAAAUCCAAGCCCAAAGAAAAAGCCUCAAAUUUCAGACAACGAUUCCGACAGCGAAGAAGACAUGAAAUCAAGCCAACAAAAAAAUGUUUUCAAUUCUACGCAAAGAAAUCCAAGUCCUAAGGGAAAAUCUCAAAUAUCAGAUAGCGAUUCUGACAGCGAAGAAAAAACAAAACCAAAUCUGCAAACAAGUAUAUUAAAAUCUUCGAAAAGAAAUCCAAGCCCAAAGAAAAAGCCUCAAGUUUCAGACAACGAUUCCGACAGCGAAGAAGAAAUGAAAUCAAGCCAACAAAAAAAUGUUUUCAAUUCUUCGCAAGGAAAUCUAAGUCCUAAGGGAAAAUCUCAAAUAUCAGAUAGCGAUUCUGACAGUGAAGAAAAAACAAAACCAAAUCUGCAAACAACUAUUUUAAAAUCUUCGAAAAGAAAUCCAAGCCCAAAAAGAAAUACUCAAAUUUCGGACAGCGAUUCUGAUAUUGAAGAAGAAAUGAAAUCAAGCCCACAAAAAAGUAUUUUAAAAUUCUCAAAAAGUAAUUUGCAAGGAAAUCCAAAGUCUAAAAAAAAUAUUCAAAAAUCAAAUAGUGAAUCCGACAAUGACGAAGAAAUAAUACCGAGUCCCCAGAAAAGUAUUUUAAAAUCUUCGAAAAGAGAUCCAAGUCCCAAAAAACCAAUUCAAAAAGCGCAUAAUGAUUCAUAUAGUGAGCAAGAAGAUAGAAAAUCUUCACAAAAAGAGCCAAAUCAAAAAAAUAAAAAUGUUUCAGGCAGUUCGAAAUCUUUGAACAGCAGAGAGCCAAGUCCUCAGAAACAAAAAACAUCAUCAAAAAAACGACGAGGUGUUCAUUUUUCUGAAAGUGAAGAUGAUGAAUCUGAGAAAACAAAUAGAAAAUCUUCAGCAGCAAAAGAUAAAACAUCGAACGUCGAAAUAGAACAUUUAAGUAAAUUGAUAAAAAGCGAACCCAAUUCACAAUCUGAAACUGAAACUGAACAGACAAAAAGUAUGAAUACGUCACGAAAGACUAAAUCAAAAAAGAUUAAGGAUGAUGAAAAUAAACAAAAAACAAAGAAUUCGAAAUCUUUGAAAGAAAAAAGUCCCAUAACAGCUGUUCAUCAAAGCAAACAGGAUACCACCUCAGAAUCAGAAAAUGAAACUAAUCAAACUACAACAGCUGCUCAAAUCGAGCACGUAAGUAACGAAAGUAAAAAUGAGACUUUAAGAACAUCGACAAUUUACGAUAAAUUAAAGUCAGUAUGCGACGAAGAAGAAAGCGAUGAUGAAACACACUUUAAUUACUCAAAUUCAUCAAAAUUAAUAAGUUCUAUGGAUGAAUUUCGGGCACAGAAUAAAAAAUACCGUGAAAUCGAAUAUGAAACAAAUUAUAAUUUUGAUGAAAUUGAAUCUGAUGAUGAAAUAUUUAUCAUACAAUGUCCAAAACUUUUAAAUCCAGAACAAUUCAAAGGAUUAAAAAUUGAUUUUGAUAAUAAUACGACGCUUGAUAUCGAAGAUACAAAAUUCGAUUCAACAGUCUCAAAAAAUCGAAGUAAUAUAUGUUUAAUCGGUGGUUCAAAAGUGUACAAUUUAAACGUUGCAGGUCAUGUUCGAAUCAGUGAAAAUUUGGAUGCAAAUUUAAAAAGACGAUCCAAAAUCGAAAAAUUCAACGAUAAAGUUGAAUUUCCAAAACAAUUAAAAACUCGGCAUCCAUUAUUUGGUUGUGAUUUGAAAAAAGUGAAUUUAGAAUCGAAUAUUUUGGAUAAAUUAAAUGAAGCGGAUUACGUAAAGGCGAAAAUGUUACGUAAACAGAAAAAACGACAACGGAAAUCAAGUAAAUAUGAAAUUGAAGAUUCAAAGAGCGAACAACCAGGAAAGAAUGAACGAUAUUUCGAGUUUAGUCAGUUUUUAAAUAAUUUAAGUGAAGGUCCUGAAAUUAAAAAAGAAAAGAAGAAACGUAAACGUUCGAUAAAUGUGGAUGAAGAGUUAUCACCGAAGAAAAAACAAAUGAAAUUUGAUUUUAGUAUACCUAGUAUCCCAUUAAAAACCGAGGACGAUGAUAAAGACUCGAUUGAUAAUAGUGUGGAUAGUGGGGUACAAUUAACAGAAGAUAACUUUAAGAAAAAGAAAAAGAAGAAACGAAAAGUAGAAGAAGUGGAAGAAUGCUUAGAAGAUAGUGAAUCUGUUCCGAACAAAAAGAAACACAAAAAAAAUAAACAUAAAGACUUAAGUAAUGAGGAAGUUAGUGUUCCAGUUGCUUUUAUAAACGAACUAGAAAACUUCAGUAAAAAGAAGAAAAAGAAAAAAAAACAUUGUAAUGAAAAUUGAAAUUUAAUUAAAAAUUUUAUUUCAUAAUAGGUACCUAAUUCAAUUGUUUUUUUUUAUGUUAUAUCAAAGAGAAUAUGAAGGAGUGGAAAGUUGUGUACGCUGUCUAUGUUUUUUAUAAUUUUGAUCACCAUUUUAUCUGACGUAUGUUAG